CACGGACCACAGUGUCGGAUGGACCAAUUUCCGGUUGUUGCUGUAGUGGGGCCGGCAACGUGGAGCGCAGCGCUCGGCUCAGUUGGCGCCACUUGUCAGCGGUUAUUAAUAGUUAUUAUUAUUUUGCCAUCGGUUUACGCCGCGUUAUGAGCCAGAGGCCCGCUCGAGAGCAGUAAAAAUGCAGGUAACGAGCGUGAACGAUGUCAAGAUUUACAACCUGAGCCACGGAAAGUCUCUUCCUGAGUGGCUCUCAGACCGGAAGAAACGGGCCUUGCAGAAGAAGGACGUAGAGAUCCAGCGCAGAAUUGAGCUCAUCCAGGACUUUGAGAUGCCCACCGUGUGCACGUCCAUCAGAGUGUCUCGCGACGGGCAGUACGUCCUGGCCGCAGGGACCUACAAGCCGAGGGUGCGGUGCUACGACACGUACCAGUUGUCCCUCAAGUUCGAAAGGUGUCUCGACUCGGACGUGGUGACCUUUGACAUCCUGUCCGAUGAUUACUCCAAGCUUGUCUUCCUGCGCUGCGACCGCUACGUCGAGUUCCACUCGCAGCACGGUCACUACUACAAGACCCGCAUCCCCAAGUUCGGCCGGGACUUCUCCUACCACUACCCCUCCUGUGACCUGUACUUUGUCGGGGCCAGCUCUGAGGUGUACCGGCUCAACCUGGAGCAGGGGCGCUUCCUGAACUCUCUGCAGACUGACGCUGUGACCAUCAAUGUGUGUGAUAUCAACCCUGUCCAUCACCUCUUUGCCAUGGGCACCGCAGAGGGGAAGGUGGAAUGCUGGGACCCUCGCAUCCGGAGCCGGGUGGGGAUGCUGGAUUGUGCGCUCAGCAGCGUCACAGAGGGAACAGAGGUGGACGCUCUGCCUUCCGUGACGUCGCUAAAGUUUAACGGUUGCCUGGGCAUGGCAGUAGGGACGAGUACAGGACAGGUGCUGCUGUAUGACCUGCGCUCCAGUCGCCCCCUGCUGGUGAAGGACCACUACUACGGAGUGCCCAUCAAGUCACUCAACUUCCACCAGCAGCUGGACUUGGUCAUUUCCGCAGAUUGCAAGAUCAUCAAGAUGUGGAACAAGGACACUGGAAAGCUGUUCUCCUCCAUCGAGCCGAAGAGUGACAUCAACGAUGUGUGUGUGUACCCCAACUCAGGGAUGCUCUUCACCGCCAACGAGGACCCCAAGAUGAACACCUUCUACAUCCCGGCCCUUGGCCCCGCCCCUCGCUGGUGCUCCUUCCUGGACAGUCUGACUGAGGAGCUGGAGGAGAACCCAGAGAGCACUGUCUACGAUGACUACAAGUUUGUCACACACAAGGACCUGGAGAACCUGGGUCUCUCCCACCUGGUAGGCUCCGCCCUCCUCAGGGCCUACAUGCACGGCUUCUUCAUUGACAUCCGCCUCUACCACAAGGUGAAGACCAUGGCAAACCCGUUCGCCUACGAAGAGUACCGCAGAGACCGUAUCCGGCAGAAGAUUGAGGAGACCCGGACGCAGAGGGUGCAGGUCAAGACGCUGCCCAAGGUGAACAUGGCGCUGGCCAUGAAGCUCAUAGAGGAGGGUGAUGCUGAGGACCAGCUGGGCGCCAGGAGGAAGAAGGGCAAGGUCGUCCCGAGCAUCCUGAACGAUGAUCGCUUCAAGGUCAUGUUUGAGAAUCCCGAUUAUCAGGUGGACGAGCAGAGCGAGGAGUUCCGCCUCCUCAACCCCAUCGUCUCCAAGGUGGGUCAGAAGAGGAGGAAGAAGCUCAAGCUCCUGGAGCAGCAGGCGGCAGUGGCGGCGGCACAGCAGGAGGAGGAGGAAGAGGAGGAGGAGGGGCACGGCAGCUCUGAGGAAAGCUCAGACGAUGACAAGAGCUGGGUGGAGGAGGUGCGAGAGCAGCGGCGCCUCCUGCGGGCCGAGGAGCGUGAUCGCAGGCGGCAGGAGCGCAAGCAGCAGGACCGCGAGACCAGCUUGCAAAACCCUGACCGCAACCAGAACCCGAGUCCCUCGCAGCCGCGGUUCUUCCAGAUCCGGAGCGGGGAGGAGUUCCACAGCUUUGGUGACGUCGCGCGGAAACAGAAGAUGCAGAAGGCCUCUCUGGAGGAGCGGGUCAAGGCCGAAACAAACAUGGGCACUCUGAAUGUGACCGAUACGGCUGUGGGCAGCAAGCAGCUCACCUUCACCCUAAAGAAGUCGGAGCAGCAGCUGCAGCAGCUGAAUGCUGAAAGGGAACACCAUCAAGAGAGGAGGAAGCUGAGGCGUUCCGCCGGACACCUGCAGAGCCGGGGACGAGGACGUGGAAGGGGGCGGGGGCGGGGGCGGGGCCGCCGUUGACCCCCCCGGACUGCAGUUCUCUGGAAGGAAAACCAUGUGGGUUGGGUUCGAAUCCCCUACUUCCACAGCCCUGCCACCUCCCUCCUGAAGGAUGUUGGCGAACUGUGUUUUCAGCUUUGGUUGUUUGUAUAUUUAUAUAUCAAAUAGUUUUGUCGGAACAGGUGGGAAAGCGAGCAGUGUUUGGCUGUUAAGUGCUUGUUUGAAAGUGCGCCUGUGUGUGUGCGCGCGCGCCCCCGUACGUGCGUUCUCUCUCCCUGUGUCAUCAAAUCUAGUUCAUUCCACUGAAUCGGGAAAACACUGAAGUGACACGUGUCUCUAACACACACACAGAGAGUUUUGCAUCUCAAUUACGGUGGAACAUUAAACACUUUCACCUGACGGGCAUCAGCGUGCGUCACCCGUGUGUGUUUGCACUGUGGGUUCUCCGAGUUCUCGGCUGACUCCCAUUCUUGAACGCCCUUCCUUGGUCGUCAUCGCCAUGGAGACAGCAGGACUGGGGCUGGCAAGUGGGUCAUGCUGAAGGCAUCACUUUUCAUGGAAGGAUGACACACUUCCAAACGGGUGGCUCUGAAAAGAGGUUGGCUACAGGUCCUCUGGUGUGUGCGUAUGUUUUCUGCCCUACUUCACAAGCGCGGAGUGUGUCCUGCUCACGGACCCCACGUCACACACGAGGUUAGCAGCAGUGGGCAAAG